AGACCAAUUUGGGAGCCCCUGGACCGCACUGGGAAUGGGUUUGGGUGCAUGAAGCCUUACUGGUUUAUACUGGGAGAUGCCGCCACAGCCCUCAGGGGCUUGGAGCAGCUCCCAGUCCUUACUGGUUUAUACUGGUGGCCUCCCAGUCCACGCCUGGGAGCACCGGCGGGCUCUGGUGGCCGGGCAGGACCCCGAGGCCGAGUUGGCAUUCGCCGGGGCGCUGCUGAGCCGCGACUUCUCCAACUUCUCGGCCUGGCACCACCGGCUGCGGCUGCUGGCGCCCGCCCGGGGCGGCGGUGAGGGCAAACCUGGGGCGCUGCCACCCGAAAAGCUGAAGGAAGAGCUGGAGCUGGUGCAGAACGCCGUCUUCACCGACCCCACGGACCAAAGCGCCUGGGUGUACCUGCGCUGCAUCCUCUCCCGAGCCCCACCGCCGCCGAGGGUCAUCUGUGUCCAUGUCGACCGCGAGGACGCGACGCUGGCCGUCAUCUUCUCCCGGCCCGUCAAGGUGAACCCGACCUGCCCAGAGCUGAAGGUGACCAUGGAUGGCUCUGCCCUGGCGGGGCCGUGGCGCUCGGGGGAGGGACGACCACGCCCUGGCCACACCUGGCUCUGCGCCCUCCCCGCCCCGCCCACCGACAGCCCCGCCCACCUGGAGGUCACCUGGGCUGGCUCCGCCCCCCGCCAGGUGACGCUGCUGCCAGGUGAGGCUGAGGCUUGGUGGCAGGAGCCAAUCGUGGAGCGGGAGCUGUUUUGGCCGGAACUGGGCGUGGCCGAGGCUCAGGUGCUGCAGGAGCAGGUCCAGGUGUGCCGGGAGCUGCUGGAGCUGGAGCCCCAGAGCCGAGGCUGCCUGCUGACCCUGGCUCUGCUUUUGGCCGCGUUGGAUCCUCGGGGCGGCGCCCGCGAGAUCCGGGACCACCUGGAGAGCCUCAGGGCCGCCGACCCGCUGCGCUCCGGUUUCGUGGCCGAUGUCCAGUCCCGGUUCGAGGCCGCCUUGGCCGUACUGGGAGCGGGGGAGGGGCUGAGCCUGGCCAACAAGGGGCUGAGGUCGGUGCCGUUCCUGGAGCGCAUGGCCGCCGUGAGCCGGUUGGAACUGGUUGGGAACGAACUGCGGGAGCUGCCGGCGGCACUGGGAGCGCUGAGGAGCCUGAGGGAACUGGAUCUCUCCGACAACCACGUGACCGAGGUGGGCGUGGCCCCGCCCCUCCCCCGCCUGCGGCUGCUGCGGCUGGACCGGAACCCCAUUGGCCACGCCUCCGCUCUCGCCCCAUUGGCUGCCUGGCCCCGCCUUGCCCUGCUGGGAUUGGCUGAGACCCCGCUGGGCUCCGCCCCCGGCGGCCCCGCCCACCUGGCCGAGCUCCUCCCCGGUGUCGACGUCACUUUCAGCUGAUUGGCUGCUGCUGGAGGCCACGCCCCUCUGCCGCGGUGGCCACGCCCCCUUUGCCGUUCGGCGCGGGAACUUCCGGGUCUGGAGUUCAAUAAAGUGACGGCCCAGUUCGUCCCA